AUCAAACUCUGCGAACCAACUCCGCCCCUUCUACUCUUUCGUCCAAUCAAAAUACUCUCCUUGCCCGGAAGUUUUGAGCGCAACGAACGCGGGAAAUAGUCAAGACAUCUGCUGCUGAACGACAGGGAAGGGGGGAAAAUGAAGGUGGUGACGUGUGAGAUUGCCUGGCACAACAAGGAGCCGGUGUACAGUCUGGACUUCCAGCACAGCAGCGCGGAGGGACGUUUCCAUCGACUGGCCACAGCUGGAGUGGACACCACAGUCAGACUGUGGCGGGUGGAACAAGGUCCAGAUGGGAAGGCCGUGGUGGAGUUCUUGUCUAACCUGGCCAGGCAUACCAAGGCUGUCAAUGUAGUUCGCUUUAGCCCUAAUGGAGAGCUGCUCGCUUCAGGGGGCGAUGAUGCUGCAAUUCUUUUAUGGAAGCUCAACGACUCUAAGGAGCCUGAGCAGACUGCUGUGUUUCAGGAUGAAGAAGAUACUCAGCUCAACAAAGAGAGCUGGUCUGUGGUCAAAACACUCAGAGGACAUAUAGAGGACGUGUAUGACAUCUGCUGGACGCGGAAUGGAAACCUUAUGGUUUCUGGAUCUGUUGACAACACUGCUAUUAUGUGGGACAUCAACAAAGGACAGAAGUUGUGUAUCUUGAAUGACCACAAGAGCUACGUGCAGGGUGUGACCUGGGACCCUCAGGGGCAGUAUGUUGCCACGCUCAGCUGUGACAGAGUGAUGCGUGUGUACAGCACUCACACAAAGAAGAAGGCCUUCUGUGUCAGCAAAAUGAGCUCUGGACCUCUUGCUGAUGGAGAGGCGAAGCAGUACAGAAUGUUUCACGACGACAGCAUGAGGUCCUUCUUUCGCCGUCUUUCGUUUACGCCAGAUGGGUCGUUUCUUCUUGCUCCAGCUGGAUGUGUCGAGGUGGGAGAAACCGUCAUAAAUACUACUUACAUCUUCUCCAGGAAAAGCCUAAAACGGCCUAUUGCCCACUUGCCCAGUCCAGCUAAAGCCACCCUGGCUGUGCGCUGCUGCCCAGUCUACUUUGAGCUCAAGACCAAAAAGGGCGAAGAUGGUUCUCCCCAGGCUCUUCCCAAUCUCUUCCAGCUGCCGUACCGUAUGGUGUUUGCUGUGGCGUCCGAGGACUCCAUCUUCCUGUACGACACGCAGCAGAGCCUCCCGUUUGGCCUGGUGUCCAACAUCCACUACCACACGCUCAGUGACCUCACGUGGUCCAGUGACGGUUCCUUCCUGGCCGUGUCAUCAACAGACGGUUACUGCUCCUUCCUGUCCUUCUCUUCCGGGGAGCUGGGGACGCCGCUGAAGGAGCCGCCCACCUUGGAGGUUUUUGUCCCAAACAGUGGCGCUGAGAAAAGGGGAAAGAAGUCAUCGGUAGGCAAAAACUCCUCUCCUGUUUCCCAGUCAUCAGGCUCGGUUCUGAAUCCCACAUCCCAAAGCAGCUGCGGUAAAAAAGACUCCCCCUGUCCCACCCCACCGGACGAAAAGAAGAACACCCCGAAAACCAAAUCUGCACCCCAGCCUCGGAGGAUCACCCUCAACACCCUGGAGGGCUGGGGGAAGCCCGCUUCCCCUAAAGCCUCCACUCCUUCAACAGGUCAAACUCCGACAUCUGGAAGUACGAGCACACCCUCAACUCCCCAGCCCUGCGUUACUCCACUCACCCCCACCAGCUCCUCCAAAAACCAGCCCCGCGUUGCACCUCUCUCUCCCUCUACGUCAAAGGUUCUCAAUACUGCUGGGUCCGCAACUCCUAAAGGUCCCACCCCAAGGCGAGUGUCUUUGACUCCUGUUGGCUCUCGGCCUCCAGCUGUCAGUUCACUGUUCAGCAGUGCUUCGGCCACCAAGAAGGCCAAUCACGAGCGACCAUCUCCUCCCUCCGAUCCAGUGUGCCAAUCUCCAGAAUUUAAACGGCUCAAGACCAGUAACACCCCAGUAAAAACCAGUAUCGGUAAGGAUUAGCGUCUACUGCCUGGAGGCUGGUGACAGUUGAAGGGAAUGUCAGGAAAGAAAGAACUAUGAAGCCCCACAGGGCUGGAACAGUAUAACAUCUUUGUGUCUGUGCAGCAUGGAUUUGUUUUUUUCCCUCUUGUGUUCGGUAUCUUAAACAGAUGUUUCAUUUAAUUUUUGUAAUAAAGCUUUUAUGACAAAGAAAUGGUAUACCAAGAUGAAGAUGAGAAGAGCACUUGAUGAAUUGAUGAUGAAUUGAAAAUGUUCAAACCAAUAAAAGACUUCACUUCCAGUAA